AUGGAGGCCAGCAUAGGUUGCUGCUCACCCAGGGCAUUCCUGCCUGGUGUUUCAACCCAUCAGCAUUCCACUGCACUUGUGGCUCCACCCUCCAUCUCUCCAUCCUUCAGCUCCAAGAGCCUGAAAUCAAGUUCCCUCUUCGGAGAACCAUUACGACAAGUGCCAAGAUCAUCACUCAAGGUUUCAAAGACAAAACAGUCUUCCCUUGUCACCAGAUGUGCAAUUGGUGAGAGUCUGGAAGUGUUCCUUGCAAAGGCAACCCCGGAUAAGGGACUGAUUAGGUUGCUGAUAAGUAUGGGAGAAGCAUUAAGGACUAUUUCCUUCAAGGUGAGAACAGCUGCCUGUGGAGGAACGGCCUGUAUUAAUUCCUUUGGGGAUGAGCAGCUCGCGGUGGACAUGCUCGCUGACAAGCUUUUAUUUGAGGCCUUAAGCUACUCACAUUUCUGCAAAUAUGCUUGCUCUGAAGAGGUUCCAGAACUCCAAGACAUGGGAGGCCCAGUUGAAGGUGGAUUUAGUGUUGCUUUUGAUCCACUUGACGGCUCCAGCAUUGUUGACACAAACUUCACUGUAGGCACUAUCUUUGGUGUGUGGCCAGGAGAUAAGUUAACUGGGAUAACAGGGAGAGACCAAGUUGCUGCAGCCAUGGGAAUUUAUGGUCCUCGGACUACAUAUGUUCUUGCUAUCAAGGGCUUCCCUGGAACCCACGAAUUUCUUCUUCUAGAUGAAGGAAAGUGGCAACAUGUCAAGGAGACAACAGAGAUUGGUGAAGGGAAAUUAUUCUCCCCAGGAAAUUUGAGAGCCACAUUUGACAACCCGGACUAUGACAAGUUGAUCAACUACUAUGUAAAAGAGAAAUACACAUUGAGAUACACCGGAGGAAUGGUGCCAGAUGUCAAUCAGAUACUUGUAAAAGAGAAAGGAGUUUUCACAAAUGUGAUAUCUCCAACUACCAAAGCCAAGCUCAGGCUGUUAUUUGAGGUGGCUCCAUUGGGGUUAUUAAUUGAGAACGCUGGAGGUUAUAGUAGUGAUGGUCACCAGUCUGUGUUAGACAAAGUGAUCGUUAAUCUGGAUGACAGAACACAAGUUGCUUAUGGAUCCAAAAAUGAGAUAAUCCGGUUCGAAGAAACUCUAUACGGAUCAUCCAGGCUCAAGGCAGGGGUGCCUGUCGGAGCUGCAGCCUAA